AUGGAUAUCAAUCCAAAUUCCAAAAAAGAAAAGCACGAAGAUAGAAUAUAAAAAUAAGCAAUCAUUCGAUAACAAUAUCUAAAGUAAGCUCUCAAGAAUUACAACAAAUAAGGCAAACUUGGAUUGAAUAGAGAUCCUAAACUAUGUGAGUACAAUUUCAAAUUGUUAAAGCCUUAUUAUUUGUAAUUGAAAGAUUCAUUUAAAGGACACUGGAUGAAGUAAAUACCAAGAGAGUAUAAUAAAGAAAAGAAAUUAUAAAAAUAAGAAUAGGAUCUACAUUAAUUGUUAUGA